AUGCUUCCCGGGGCGGGUCCCCUCGCCUUCCUCCUGCGGUGCCUGCUGCUGCUCCUCGCCUCCGGGAGCCGAGCCCGGGCUCGGCCAGAGGCGUUCUGCGACUUCAACGGCAGGAGGUACAGCCCGGGGGAGAGCUGGCACCCGUACCUGGAGCCCCAGGGGCUGAUGUACUGCAUCCGCUGCAGCUGCUCCGAGAACACCAGCAUCAGGUGCUCCCGGAUCCAGUGCCCGCCCGUGCCGUGUGCCAGCCCCGUCACCGAGCCCCAGCAGUGCUGCCCGCGCUGCCCUGAGCCGCCCUCCCCGUCGGGGCUGCGCGCCCCAGCCCGGUCCUGCCAGCACAACGGCACCACGUACCAGCAGGGAGAGAUGUUCAGCGGCAGCGAGCUCUUCCCCGGCCGCCAGCCCAACCAGUGUGUGCAGUGCAGCUGCUCCGAAGGCCAGAUUUACUGUGGCUUGGUGACCUGCCCCGAGCUGCUGUGCUCCUCUCCCUUAACUGUGCCAGACUCCUGCUGCCAGGUCUGCAAAGAUGGCUCCUUGGAGAAGCCCACGGAAGAGGAACCCCUGCAGUUAAACAGAGGUGUUAGACACUCACAGGACCAGUGCUUGGGAGAGGUGGUGGGGAGGAAGGCACCUGGGGCCACCGUGUCCACUGCUCUCGGUUCUUCCCUGGAGCUAAUUCCCAGGAGCUUCAAACCCAAGGGAACAGGAGGCACCACUGUGAAGAUUGUCUUGAAAGAGAAGCACAAGAAAGCCUGUGUGUACAACGGCAAGACCUACUCGCACGGGGAGGUGUGGCACCCGGUGUUCCGGCUCUACGGCCUCCUGCCCUGCAUCCUCUGCACCUGCAGCGACGGCGUCCAGGACUGCCACAAGGUCACUUGCCCCAAGGAGUACCCCUGCGAAAAUCCCGAGAAAGUAGAUGGGAAAUGCUGUAAAGUAUGUCCAGGUAGGUGGGACCCUGCCUGCUCCUGCAGCUGCCCCCGGGGCCCCGGCCGUGUCCUGGUCUACGCCUUCGCGCCGCCGCGCUCCGAGCCCUCCAGGGACCUCCUCAGGACCGUGGCCGUCGAGAGGGAGCUGGCGGAAGAGGUGGAAAUCUACAACUGGAAGCUGAUUAAAGGAAUAUUCCAUCUGAUCCAGACCAAGAAGAUCAGCAAACAAGAAUUCAAGCAAGAAGCACAAAACUUCAGGCUGAUCACCAGGACUAACGAAGGUCACUGGAACAUCUUCCGAGCCCAGGCGGCGGAGCUGAGCAUGACAGAAAGCCCGGAGAAGGAAACUAAGAACUCGUAAAGCAGAGAGCUUUGCUCUGCCUGUUGAUUAAUCUCCACACAGACACACAUACACGCAUAUAUGGACUCCGGAGCUGCAUUGUUAAAUAGACUGGCACUGCAAUACAGGUUACACGAGUGGAAUCCCAGCAACUGCAGAGAGAUCCCAGCCCGUGGGAAGCACAGCCGCGUGGUGCCUGUCUGCAGGCUGGCCAUGGCCUCCUGCUGCCCCACGGGCGCUGCAGGGGCAGAGGGAGCGGGGAGAGCCCUGCAGUGGGACCCAGCCCGGCACCCCAGCGCUCCCCGGAGCACCCGGGGCUGCAGCGAGGCAGAGCGCGGCCGCGCUUCUCACCAGCUGCCGCGAGGAGAGAGGAACCAUCCCUCCUCCCUUCUCGGAGCCCCCGCAGCUGCAAAGGGCUGUCUUUGGCUGAACGCCCCCCAGGGCUGUUUUCUGAAAAAUCUCCUCUCUUCCAGCUGGGAUCAUCCUUCUCCCUCUUUGCAGGUCACUUGGAAGGUUUUGGGAGGACCCACCUGCUGGCGGGGUCUGGGACCCUGGGCACUGCACUAAGGUCGCUACUCAGCAUUUAUUGUCUACAUAUUUAUAUCUAUCCUAUAUCAUAUCUACGGGGCUGUACUCACAGGAGGGGCGUCUCCCAAAGGGCAAGCAGGAUCACUGCUGCAGCAUGGGGAGGAGGGUGUGCAGCAGCAUCACCUUCCCCUGUCUGGAAACAGCUUUGGGGGAUUUUCAGGUUGUUUUGGUACAUCUAUUUAUCCUGGAUUCUUGUUUUAUUCUGUUUUGAUAAAUCUAUUUAUUUGGAGAUCCA